CAUUGAAUUAGGGCAGAUGAACCCAACUCGAUUCUCGUGUACGCGUGAGAUCUCACGCCAUUGAUCCGUCAAGGUGCAGUCCACCAUCGUAUAUCUCCUUUUGCAUCUUAUAAUCUCUCACUCUUCACUGUCCGUACACUCGCAUGGGCUUCACUUCCUCGCCGGCGGUUAACUCCUGAAAUUUCGAGAUCAAAGUUUUUCCGGUAGCGGGAACCGCCUCGCCCACAAGUACAUGUACAUUCUCGCUGCGUUUCGGUAUAUGUCUGCGUAUAACAUUGAAUUUCGAGCUUUUUGUUGUGCAAUAAGGACGUCUCUCUUACAGAGUGAUCCCGCAAUGGCUUACAAUAAUUCGACAGUUGAGCCAAAGCGUUCCCAUCAGUGGUUCAUGGAUGGCAUUGAGCCGGAGUUACUCCCCAACAAGAAACAAGCCUUUGAUGUGACAAACAACCAUUCAUUUACUGCACUUUUAAAUUCCAACAUCUCACCGUGGAUGAAUGCUUCCAGUUUCCACUCCCUACCAGGGCAGUACAGUGAGAGGCUUUUAGAUGGUGAUAUUGGAAGACCUGUUAAUUAUGAUGAUAGAAAUGUUAUGUCAAUUGGCUUUGGCAGCAGGAGUAUGGCUAGAAAGUCGGUGGAGGAUUCCUUUGCAACUGAUUCUUCAUUUGGUUUAUCGAUAGCUGAGGGCCUGGAGGAUCCUCGAUUGAGCCUAAACUAUGGAGGAAUUAGAAAAGUUAAAGUCAGCCAGGUGAAUGAUAACUAUACCAUGGGAGUUAACAGUACUGUGUCAACAGAUCAUGCUUUUUGCAAGGUAGAUGGCACCGCAGUAUCCAUGGGACUAUCUUUCAAUAGAGUCGAUGACAAUGUGAUGCCACUGGGAGACACUUUUAAUAGAGAAGAUAGUAGUUUUAUAUCCAUGAGUCAACCUCUUAAUAAAAUGAACGCCAAUGAAUUGACAGAUAGCCACAGCUUCAAGGAGAGAGAUUGUUAUUUAUCAGUUAAUCAUUCUUUUGAUAAGGAUGUUACUAACUGUUAUGGCAGGGUAAAUGAAAAUGCAAUUUCAUUAAUGCAAACAUAUAACGAAGUUGACGGCAAUAGUUUGUCAGUGGGUCACUCUUUUGGAAGAGAGGGCAAUAUCAUUUCGUUUGGUGGAUUUGACAAUGAUGAUGAUGUUAAUGCAUCUGGUAGGCUCUUAUCUAGCUAUGAUGACUUAUUGAUGGCUCAGUCAUCUGGCAAAAGAUCAGAAAACCAGUGUGAAAAGGGGUUGGUUGAAUCUAAUGCCGAUAAACUUAUAAAUGCUUCCCUAAUUACUGCAAGUGGUGGAGCUGUUACUAAGAAGGAUGAGCAAAAAGCAAAUAAAAAGCCUGCUCCAAACAGCUUCCCUUCAAAUGUUAGGAGUUUACUGUCAACUGGUAUAUUUGAUGGAGUUCAUGUCAAGUACAUUGCAUGGUCACGGGAGGAGCUUCGUGGCAUUAUAAAGGGUACCGGUUAUCUCUGUGGCUGUCAGUCCUGUAUCUUCUCCAAGACAAUUAAUGCAUAUGAGUUUGAGCGUCAUGCUGGUUGUAAAACAAAACACCCAAAUAAUCACAUUUACUUUGAGAAUGGGAAGACAAUUUAUGGGAUUGUUCAAGAGCUCAGGAAUACACGUCAGGAUUUGCUGUUUGAAGUUAUCCAGACAAUCAGUGGAUCACCUAUUAACCAAAAAUCUUUUCGUAUUUGGAAAGAAUCCUUUCUAGCUGCUACACGUGAACUUCAGAGGAUAUAUGCGAAGGAUGAAGGGAAACUAUUGUCUUGAAAUAGUGACAAUAAAAAGUGAGGACUAAUCUUCAAAGUUGUGCAUGAGCUACCAGAACUACUGCAAGCUCUCCUUUUCCUCGCGAAAUUGGGUAAAUUUUUGUUGAUGUAAAUUGCAUUUGGUGGAUGUAAAUUAUGACAGUCUGAUGAGGAUUUUAGACAUGGUUAAUUUUAUUCCUCAGGAGGGUAGACCUCCCGUCUUCUUUCAUGGCACAAAUUGAUGAUUUUUUUUU